AUGGCGCCGUACCUGCCUCCGGAGCUUGUGUGGGAGAUCAUGGUCCGGCUGCCCGUCAAGUCGCUGCUGCGGUUCAGGUGCAUCAGCAAGGCCUGGCGCGACAGGAUCUCCGCCGACGCAGAGUUCCGCCGCGCCAACCUCCGUGCCCAGACACCAUGCUUGCUCACCUGGAGCGGUACAGAAGAUGACCGCAACAACAUGGUCACUACCGUCGACGUCAGCUUAUAUGUGCCGGAGGACGGCGCGGAAUACACCAUGGAGUUGCCUGUCCAAGAACAGCCACACCGUUUCGCGCACUGCGACGGGCUGGUGCUGAUGCCCACGGAAACGGUGGUCCGCGUGCUCAACCCAGCCACACGGCGCGUUCUCACGCUGCCUUGGAGCCCCAACGGUGUAGCGCCGGAGUUCCGCUUCCAUGCGUUCCACACCCACCAGGUGUUUGGCAUUGGCCACGACACUCGUAGCGAUACCUACAAGGUCGCCCGCUUCUUCUUCACCUCCUUGGACCUACUCCCUACGGACGCUUACCGCUACAACUAUGGGGUGGAGGUGUUCACAAUCGGGGUGGACCGGCGUUGGCAUGAGACGGCGGUAAAACCGCCGUACCCUGCCCACAUUGGGCGAACCGCAACCUUCUUCAAAGGCUCACUCUUUUGGACCAUCGACGAGGAAAAACUCACUCGAGAGAUUCCGAACUCGGCGGGAGAAUCCGCACCAGGGUUUCUCCGCUUUAGGCUGGACGACGAAUCGUUCAGUGUCACGCCACCACCUCCAUGCUGCCGUGGGCUCAGGUACACAACGUCCCACAUGGCUGAGCUGCGCGGGGAGCUGAGCGUGGCUCAUGCAGGGCCCAAGUACGAGUCAAUUGAGAUUUGGAUGUGCAACGACGUAGACACCAACCCCAACCAGCCACGAUGGAAUCGGCGUUACACCUUCGACACCGUUUGUCUAUUAACACAUCCAUUUUUUGAAGCCAUUAUGUACUAUCGAUGCCAGUAUUUGCUAGUCCAACAAGUUCUCAAGGACAUUGUUGGUAUAGAUAAUCACUUUGCCCUUAAUGCUUAUACUUAUGCUGGGCGUAACCAAUAUGGAUGGGUAAUCCGCUACACUCCAUCCCUAGGUCUUGACUAG